AUGGCUUCAACGGACGAAGACCCCGCCCAGUCGCUGGUAACAGAAUUGGUGAAGGCCCUGCAGUCCCAAAGGUCGGCAGAACAGGUAGACUUGCCCUAUUUUAGACCCGAAAUAAAUGAAUCCAGUAAAUGGAAUUCUAAGAAGUGUUUUCAGUGUGGGAAAUUGGGACACGUUAAAGCAAAUUGCGUCAAGAAAACCAAGUUAGUGUCAGACGACAGAUACAACGUUGAUGAAAGUCUCGCCACCAUAACAGAUCGUCAAGGAUCACGCGUUGUGCGACGUCAGCUGCCUGGCAUAAAUCGCGUUUCAGAAGAUUUUGGUGCUUUAGUCACAGAAGUUGAAGUACCUGAAGAACAUCGCGUGGGUCUUGAAGUUAUAUUGCAAGAUUUUAGUGGCAUGAUUACAACAGGCGAUAAAGUUGGUGCAAUGAAUAAUGUCUGCCUGAAAAUUCGUCUUGAAAAGGAAGUAGUCUUCCGCAUGUCGAUUAUUUCAGCAGAAAUCCUGUACAAAACAAUUCUCCGAGUGUCGCAUAACAGUUGGGCAUACAUAGAGCAAAAAGGAAACGAAGAAGUUCAGAACAUGCUACGACAACUCAGAGAAGGCAACCUUGAUGCAAACCAGUAUGCUGAAGAGGAUGAAAUGCUUUAUUCAAACAAGUAA